AUGUCACACGGACACGAAUACGAAGACGGGGCGCGUACCCGGUACAGCACACCCGAGCCGGACCUCGACGACCACCGUCAGCAGCCAGAGAGCCUACCACCAGCCGCUCAAGGAGGCAGGCGUGGAACCUUGGCCAGCCUUGCGGAGGAAGAUCGUCCCAGGAUGGAUCAGCUUGAACUGCCGCCGAUGGAGACACAUGGAUCUAUCGCGAGAGACUUUGAGCAUGCAAUUGUCGAUGAUGAAGCCAAAAGUAUCAAGAGUACCAAGUCUACAGGAUCGAACCGCUCCAGGCACAGCCAAGAUGAAGCGUGGCACAAGGACCGCAGAGACGCAAGCAGUCCAGUCGCUGCCAGACGCACUGAGUUCAGGCGUGCAGUACACAAUCGCCAGCGCCAGGCUGGGCACGUCUCUAGGGAUUCGUCCAGCGACAGGUCGACUUCGCCCCCGAACUCGGUCGAUGCAUUCGCGCCUCCAAGACCAAGAGCCCGAGCCGGGACUAUCAACAGCCAGGCUGGGUCGGUGGACAAUCUUAGUCUGCACCGCACCCUCUCAAACGCGACACACUCGCGACGCCGCCCAACUUUCGGCGAAGAGGGCACUGCAGGUCACCGCACAGACGUUGCCUCUGCUCGUAGCUCUGUCCAAGAAGAUGUCUGUUUCCCAGCUGAGGAGCCAUCGAACUCGUACACGAUCGACUUUGAGGAUCUGGAAGAGUUUGUUGCGCAGUCGCACACCAAGACGCCUGUGGCGCAUCCGUUCAUGCCGCACUUUAGUGGCCAGAAAGCUACGCCAGCCAAGAAAGUCUUUCAUUUAAUGCACCAUGAGGCCGAGCAUACUGUCCCUGUCAAUGAUGCAGAAGUCUACAACAGCGACAUCCUGAGCGGCAGGACUGCCACGAACGAAAAGACCGAAGAGCCAGACUCAUCCGAGGAAGAACUGGAGAAAGUUGUCAGCGCUGCAGACCAGCAGAACCGCUUCACAUUCUUCUCCUCCGAGAUCGAGGAGACCAUCCAUGCCCCGGAACUCGGCGGCCUCCUCAUGCCAGGCGAGCGCUUCCGCGACAUCUUCGAGCUCGGCCCCGAAGGCGGCGUCUGGUGGCUCGACAUGCUCAACCCGUCCGAAGAAGAAAUCUCCGCCAUCUGCGGCGCCUUCCGCGUCCACCCCUUGACACGCGAAGACAUCACGACGCAAGAGACGCGGGAGAAAGUCGAACUCUUCCGCAGCUACUACUUCGUCUGCUUCCGCAGCUUCUACGCCAUCGACAAGACCCACGAAGACUACCUCGAGCCCAUCAACAUCUACGCCGUCGUCUUCCGCGAAGGUCUGCUCACCUUCAGUUUCUGCCAGAACCCUCACGCUGCGAACGUGCGCAAGCGUAUCGGGCGACUGCGCGAUUACGUCAACCUCUCUGCAGACUGGGUCUGCUAUGCCCUCAUCGACGAGAUCGUGGACGAGUUCGCCCCUGUGCUCCGCGAACUCGAGCGCGAAACCGACGCGAUCGAAGAUGGCAUUUUCACUGCUCGAUUCGAGGACUCCCGCGCGAUUUUGGAGCAGAUUGGCGAGUGCAGGAAGAAGGUUAUGAGUCUUAUUCGCUUGCUAGGAGGGAAGGCAGAUGUGAUCCGGGGUUUUGCGAAGAAGUGCACCGAAGCCUACUCUGUCGCUCCGAGAGGGGAUGUCGGGAUGUAUCUCUCUGACGUCCAGGACCAUGUGGUGACUAUGAUGUCGAACCUCGCUCACUUCGAGAAGAUGCUCGGCCGCAGCCACUCGAACCAUCUUUCUCAGAUCACUCUGGCGCAGAUCGAGCAAGGCGGUAGGGCGAACCAGUUGUUGGGGAAGAUUACGGUUUUCGCCACGAUCUUGGUGCCGUUGAAUCUGAUUGCUGGGUUGUUUGGCAUGAACGUUAAUGUGCCGGGGAAGAACGCGGAGGGGUUGGGGUGGUGGUUUGGGAUUGUUGGGGUGAUUUUGGGGUUUACUACUAUUUGUGUGGUUAUUGCUAAGAGGAUGAAGUUUGUUUGA